GCGGAGUGGAGGGGUCGAUCUGACUUUUACUGGAGGUGGCCGGAGGGAUGGAUAAGGGGGCAGAAGAAGGAGGGGCGAGCGCCUUUGAAAUGAUUCCUGAGGAUAUCGAAACCUUCGUGGAAUUUAGAACGUUGAAUAAGAACAGAGGAUUCUAAUGAAUUGGAUUGGAAUACACUCCUUACGCCAGUUUCCCCUUCCCAGUUAUUAAUGUGAUUCGAUAAUUCGCUUCCGCCCUUUCUAAUGUAGUACGAAAUUCUAACUGCAGACCGAUGCAUGAAAUCUACUGUUUCAGUAAUCUGCCAGGGUUGAUUUUUUCCACCGCCGGAUCGGUGUAAUCUGCCUUCCGUUCCCAAAAUACAGUCGGUCACUUCUCAUUUCUAUAAAACUCAGUAAUUUACUGGACUCAACCCCAAAGAAAAUCCACUUGAAUAUUUCGUAUUAUAGAUUUUCUCAGUCGACUUCUUUCCGAUUCUUAGUUCAUAAGCGGCUAGCGUUAGAAGUGUUUUCACGUGUAAUGAGUGACUAAUGCGAUCCAGGAUAUUUAAUAGUUUUAAGAUGAACAUUUAUUAUGACAUAAACCUUAAUGGACAAGGAACCUCGGUACAAUAUUUCUUUAUGUUGUGCUUAAAAGCUAAAUGUGAAAGGAAAAUAUCAAUUACAUUAGAAUAUACUAAAUAUGAUUCAGGGAACUGAACAUAAAGAUUCCUCUUGAAGAUACUGUCAUGCUUGGAAUAAAACCUAUUCAAUGAUUUUAUUGACUAAUUUUAAAGAAAAGUGGUUUUGUGCUAAAUGCUGAGACCAGCUCAGUAAAUGCUAUGGAAAAGUAACCAUGGAUGUGUGUGUGUGAAUAUUGAGUUAGGAAUUUAGUGAUAUUAAACUUUAAAAAUUUACAACAUAAUAGUACUGCAAUAUUAUCAAGAAUUUACUUUUAACUGUAAAUUAUUUAUUGCUUUAUCAUUUUAAUGUUUACUGAUUUUUAAUGUUUGUAAGCUGCUGAGUCAGCUCUAGUUGAGACAGUUGGUACACAAGUCUAAUAAAUAAAUAGAAAUAAAUAAACAAUUCUGUAUUAUAUAUCUCCUCAGGUAUCAACUGCAUGAAAGUCAGUGGAGCAUACUUUCCCUUCCCCCAUUCUUCUAUCUUUUAUCAUGGAGCUCAAUCAUGCCGAAUUCAGUUGGACUUACUCUUGAAUAGACAGUUAUCGAUGGCUGUCAUUGCAAGAAAAGCUUUUGUAGCCUAAUACUUUUCAUAAUACUUCAGUGUUCAUAUUCUUUGAUACUUUUAGAGGCAGACUUGAAGAACAGAAUUUUUGCUGAUAAAUUUGCCACCAUGGCCAGAAGAGCUUUAAAACUAGUGUCACUUGUCAGUGGAGCAGGGGCCAUUGCUGGUUUAUACAUGCACAGCAACAAGCAUCUGGAUCCCAAUGAUUUUGGAGUUGUUCGAGUAGGCAGAGCUGUUGCCACAACAGCAGUGAUUACCUUUGACUACAUCACUUCUCUUCGAAAUUUUCCACGAGGGACAGAAGAGUAUGACUAUGUCAAAUCACAGGUGCAUCUGCGUUCUGCAGAACGUCUCCGAGAUUUAUGCUGUGCCAACCGAGGCACCUUCAUCAAAGUAGGACAGCAUCUGGGGGCUCUUGAUUACCUCUUGCCUGAGGAAUACACCCGCACCCUCAAGAUUUUGCACAGCCAAGCUCCUCAGAGCAGCAGGCAGGAAAUCGAGCAAGUGAUCCAGGAGGACCUAGGCAAAGGGAUCAAUGAAUUGUUUGCCAGUUUUGAAGAUGUUCCACUGGGGGCAGCAUCUUUGGCCCAAGUCCACAAGGCCGUACUACAAGAUGGGAGGACAGUUGCUGUGAAGGUUCAACAUCCUAAGGUCCAAGCACAGAGUUCUAAGGAUAUUCUACUGAUGGAGAUCCUUGUCUUGGUUGUGAAGCAAAUCUUCCCAGACUUUGAGUUUAUGUGGUUAGUGGACGAAGCUAAGAAGAACUUGCCUCUUGAACUUGAUUUCCUUAAUGAGGGAAAGAAUGCUGAGAAGGUAGCCUACAUGCUCAGAUGCUUUGACUUCCUAAAGGUUCCAAAAAUUUAUUGGGAGCUUUCAACAAGACGUGUUCUUUUCAUGGAGUUCAUGGAAGGUGGACAAGUGAAUGACAAGGACUACAUGGACAGAAACUGCAUCAAUGUCAGUGAGAUCUCUCGCAACUUGGGAAAAAUAUACAGUGAAAUGAUCUUUGUGAAUGGUUUUGUGCACUGUGACCCACAUCCUGGCAAUGUCUUGGUGAGGAAGUGUCCAACUACAGGCAAGUCACACAUUAUACUUCUGGACCAUGGACUCUAUCAGGUCCUGACUGACAGCUUCCGCUUGGAUUACUGCCGACUUUGGCAAGCCCUGAUCAAGGCAGACGUGAAGCAGAUAAAACAAUACAGCCAGCGCCUGGGAGCAGGUGACCUGUACCCCCUGUUUGCUUGCAUGCUUACAGCACGUUCCUGGGAAUCUGUCAACAGAGGCAUUGAUCGUUUGCCCGUCACAAGUAAAGAGGAUGUAGAAAUCCGGACCAAUGCUGCUACUUACUUACCUCAAAUCACUAAGCUUCUCAGCAAUGUUCCUCGUCAGAUGCUGCUGCUGCUGAAGACCAACGAUUUGCUAAGGGGGAUUGAAUCCUCCCUGCAGACACGGGCUAAUGCCAGCUCCUUCCUCAACAUGUCUCGCUGCUGCAUACGAGCUGUUGCUGUGUAUCAAAGGAGCAAGAGUAACUCGCUGUUCAGAAAGGCCCAGAUAUCCCUUUCAGAGGCCUUGAGCUUGUGGCAGAUCAACCUGCACGAACUGUUUCUAUGGCUGAAAGUGUCCCAACUGGGAAAGUGGGUCAUUGCUUUCUUGAAGUGGAUGCACUAUUCUAAGUAGCUGAAGAAUGUAAAUUGGUGAAGCUGGCCUUGAUUUUGUCUUGCCUUUCUCAGUGGUGGCAUUCACUUCUUAUUUAUUUUUUCUGUAGUGUUUUUGGUGCUUCUUCAUGUAAAAAAAUGACAAUAAAGGUUAUCUUAUCUUA